CGCGGCGCCGGCUCGCCGCUCGGCUGACGCUGCUCGCCCUGGCACUGCUGGCCCUCGGCGGGCCCGCCGCGACCCGCCUGCACCUGGCGGGCCCGUGCUGGCGCGGGUCCGCCGGCGAGAGCGGCCGCGAGUUUGGGCCUCCUGGUAGCCCUGCACUCAUUGUACGCGCCGGCGUGCGUGGCCCUGGCGGCCUGGUGCGUCGCCGUGCGCGGGCGCUCCCGCCCCGGCGUGCCGCUGCACGCGUGGACGCGCCGCUUCGUGGCGUGCGUCGCCGUCUCCGCGGCCGCCCGGCUCGCCUGGCCCGCCCUGGACCCUGGGUGCCACAGCGCGGCGGGCGUGGCGAGGCAGAGCGCGUGCCUGGCGCUGGCCAAUGGGGCCUACCUCGCGACCCUGGUCCUCCUGUACCACCUGCUGGUGCUGAAGCUGUGCGCGCUGGGGCUCCGGCGCCUGGCGCGGGCGGCCCGCGCCGCGCUCGUGGCGGGCGCGGCAGGCUGCGCGGCUUUGACCGUGGCUUAUGUCGCUGCUGCCCUUGGCACGCCGCGCCCGGGCGCCAGGCUGGUGACCGCGGCGCUCUCGCGGAUUCUUGGCCCCGGCUUCUUGGUGAUUGGGCUCGCUGGGUCGGCUGCGACCUGCUGCUGGGCGUGGGGCCCGCUGGCCGCCGCCGCGCGAGCGGCGCGCUCCGGGCGCGGAGGGGCGGCGCAGGCGGCGCGCCGGGUGGCCAGGACGGCCGCGCUGGUCGCGGCGUCGCACCUGCUGACUCUGGCGGAGGUGCUCCUCCUGGCCGAGGCCGCUCGCACCGAUGAGCACGAUUAUUCAUGGUUCGCCUACUCCUGGGGCCAAGCCGUCAACAACGGGUUCAACUGCCUGCGGGUGGCCGUUCUCUCCGACCUCGCCGGGCCACGGUCGGUGCUGCACCUGGCGGUACAGGCUUUCGAACGCAUCAACUGCUACAGCGCGGAGGAGCUGCAGGUGUGCUACGAUGAGUUUCUGGCCUACCUUGAUCACGCCCAGGUCAAGUGGGCUCGAUUCGGAUACCUUCGGCGGCUUGCUGAGUCUGGAUCCAUCAUGGUGCGCCGCCAGGAUGUGCCUGCUGACGAGGACGUCAUCGGCCGCUCGGGGUUUCCGGCCGACAGGGGUGAUCCCAAUCACAGGUUCGUCCUGUCGCGCGCAUCUUUGGCUAUCGAAGAAGCAUCCCGAUCCCAGCGGAGCGAAGCUGCAGAUGUUGGUGCGACAGUUGGGUUUGCUGGGCGCACACGACGACGACGCCUUCGCCUUCAUCGAUAUCACGGGCCUUCCGCAGCACGACACAUCGGACCCAGAUUUCGAGAACCAGGAGGAGGCAGACAAUUUGCAAAAGCCUGGUGAGCACCGUGCAGUUCGCACAGAGGCGGAAGAGGCGCUUUUCACGAAGGCCCUCGGCUCGAUGGAGCUCAUUUACAGCAUGAUAAACACUCCCGUCAUCGUGCUUCCCAUGGACGGCGAGGUCGCUACUGGCAAGGGGCAAGGAGUACCUCUCGCGAGGCUGGUGUUUCUUUGAUUUCUGUCUCGCGUUCAGCUUCUGCAACAUAGCGAACGCAGAAAUACAUCCGCCCGUGGGCCAGAUGUGCAGGAAGGGUGCCAGUCUGCGAGGAGACACUGCCGAAGGCUUCCGGAAAGGCUUCAGGACGACCCACUUCACCAACAAGGGCGACGCGGCAGUGGUCAACAAGCUUUUCGAGCAGACCUUGCGUAAGAAGCCGAGCCAGUGACAAGCCUGGGGAGGGCGGCGUGCUUGCAGCGCGGGGCGGACAUCGGCACGGCAGGGCUGGGCAACGACGACGGCGCAGCAGAGGCAAUGAUGGCGGCGGCGGACGCGGCGGCGAACACCGCCACGAGCGCGACGGUCGCGGAGCUGCUGGGCCCGCUGGGGCAGGCGCACGCCCGCGCGCCUCUCCUGCGCGCUGCCGGGGCCUCGCCGCGGCGGCGCGCUCGCGCCCGAUUCCUCCCAGGGAGGGCCCGCGUCGAGCCUGGA